AUGGAGAAGUCAUCAGACGAAAACAUCGAGGUUUCGCGUGCCGGCGGCCGUGCGGACAGCCAUGUUCCCGGCGACUUCGUCGCGCCCGAGAUUGACGACACCACGCGCGACCUCACCGUCGCCGAGCACCAGCUCGGCUUCUGGGCCGCCGUCCGGAUGUACCCCAAGGCCACCUUCUGGGCCAUGUUCUUCUGCAUCGCCGUCGUCAUGGCCGGCUUUGACGGCCAGAUCAUCACCUCCUUCUACGCGCUGCCCGCCUUCCAGCAACAGUACGGCGACCGCAUCGUCAAGCCCGAUGGCACCAUCAAGUACGAGGUCGCCGCCGCCUGGCAGACGGGCCUCGGCAUGGGCAACCCGAUCGGCCAGGUCGUCGGCGCGCUCGCCUGCAGCUACCCCCUGCAGUACUUUGGCCGCCGCGUCACCCUGGCCAUGUGCUGCGUCUGGUCCAUCGGCUUCAUCUUCAUGCAGUUCUUCGCCACCUCCACGGCCAUGCUCUGCGCGGGUGAGGUCGUCGGCGGGCUGGCGUACGGAUUCUACGUCGUGAUUGCGCCAACCUACGCCUCGGAGGUGUGCCCGGUCGUGCUUCGAGGCUUCCUGACCGCGUCCGUCAACUUGGCCUUUGUCAUUGGCCAGUUUAUCGCCCAAGGAUGUGCGGCUGGUGUCGAGAGUCGUCUAGACCAGUGGGCAUACAAGGCCCCCUUUGCUGUGCAAUGGGUCUGGCCGGUGGUGCUACUUGCUGGACUUGGAUUUGCCCCCGAAAGUCCGUAUUGGCUGGUUCGCUGCGGCCGCAUGGACGAUGCGCGGAAGUCGCUGCAAAAGCUGACUUCAGCUACGUAUAACCCUGACAUUGAGAAGAUCCUACUUGGGAUCCAGCAGACGGAUCGAUUGGAGCGCGAAUACGAGGAUACCACCUCGUACUGGGACUGCUUCAAGGGCUCCAAUCUCAUUCGAACUGAGAUUUCCGUCAUGGUUUACCUGAUCCAAGUCAUCAGCGGCAAUCCUCUCAUUGGCUACGCCAAUUACUUUUUUGAGCAAGCCGGACUGCCGAAUGACAAGGCCUUCGACAUGGGAGUUGGCAACACCGCCCUUGGCUUUGUCGGAACCAUUCUUUCGUGGCCGCUGAUGAACUAUUUCCAUCUUGGUAGAAGGACAAUCUAUAGUGGUGGCCUGGGCAUCAUGACUGUCCUCCUCUUCAUCAUCGGGUUCCUGGCAAUUCCUCAGCACAAUACGGCGGCUGUCUGGGCGCUUUCGACCCUCAUGGAUGUCUGGACCUUUGUAUACCAAAGCUCCGUUGGGCCAAUAUGCUUCGUCGUCAUAUCUGAGAUAUCGGCGACCCGACUCCGUGAAAAGACAAUCGCCAUUUCGACGGCCGUCCAGUCUGCGGCUAAUGUUGUCACCAUGGUUGUCAUUCCCAUCCUCCUCAACAGCGAAAAAGCCAAUUGGGGCGGCAAGACUGGCUUCCUUUUUGGUGGUAUUAGCUUCUUUUGCUUUGUGUGGUGUUUCUUCCGCUUGCCCGAGUCGCAGGGCAGGACGUAUGAGGAACUGGACAUACUGUUCCAGAGACGGGUACCUGCGCGCAAGUUUGCGAAAUACGAUUUGAUUGCAGAAGCAGAUGAAAAGCAGCCGGCGUAG